AUGAUCCUCGUCACCAUUCUCGUCCUAUCCGCCUCUUCUCCUUCCAGAUCUCUUGGAUUUGGUGAGAGUAUGGAGUUCAAAAUGAACACCAAAAGCAGUUCUACAGACCGUUUGGCUAAUGUGACACAAACGAUAUCUCGCUUACUCGAUGGAUACGAUAUUAGGCUAAGACCGAAUUUCGGAGGUGAUCCACUCUAUGUAGGAAUGGAUUUAACAAUAGCCAGUUUUGACUCCAUAAGUGAAGUCAAUAUGGACUAUACUAUCACGAUGUACCUGAACCAAUACUGGAAGGACGAGAGACUCACUUUCAGCCACAACGACGAAGUCCUCACGCUGUCUGGAGACUUCGCCGAGAAGAUAUGGGUGCCAGAUACCUUCUUCGCAAACGAUAAAAACAGUUUCCUCCACGAUGUGACCGAGAGGAACAAGCUGGUGAGGCUGAACGGAGACGGGAGCAUCACCUACGGUAUGCGAUUCACGACCACCCUCGCCUGCAUGAUGGACCUCCACUACUACCCCCUAGACUCGCAGAACUGUACCGUGGAGAUCGAGAGUUAUGGCUAUACAGUGAGUGACGUUGUAAUGUACUGGAAGGACACACCGGUCAGGGGUGUUGAACAAGCUGAAUUACCUCAGUUCACGAUCAUCGGUUACGAAACGAAUGACAGAAAGGAGAAGCUGGCUACAGGAAUAUACCAGCGGUUAUCACUUUCCUUCAAACUUCAGAGAAACAUCGGUUAUUUUGUGUUUCAAACAUAUUUGCCCUCCAUUCUCAUUGUCAUGCUAUCUUGGGUCUCCUUUUGGAUCAACCAUGAGGCAACUAGCGCCAGAGUUGCUUUAGGUAUAACGACUGUCCUGACUAUGACUACAAUCAGCACUGGUGUGAGGAGCUCAUUACCGAGGAUUUCUUAUGUGAAAGCCAUUGACAUCUACCUGGUCAUGUGCUUUGUCUUCGUUUUUGCAGCCCUUUUAGAGUAUGCAGCUGUCAAUUACACCUACUGGGGAGCAAGAGCAAAGAAAAAGACAAAAAAGAAACAAGAGUCUGAAGAUGUUGCAAGGAAAGCCAGUUUAUGUGAAUCACUGCAUCCUUCAGCAGGGAAGUCCUCAUCGACAGUGUCAGAUGGAUUUGCUGGUAGCAGUGGAGGAGCAGCUGAUGAAAUCAUUGAACUUCAGGAUGUUCGGCUGUCUCCGAUUCCAUCCAUCCGCAACAGGCAUGGUGGUUCCACAAGAAGUGGACUGGAGGACCCCAGUAAAUUCCCUCCCAGCUUUCGGAUCAGCCGAACUGGUUAUCCCAGAAGUGGCCUAAGGUUUCGUCAUCGGAGUACUCAAUCCAAGCCUAAGAUGCUACAUGCUCUCAGGAGGGGUGCCUCUGCCCUGAAAGCCUCCAUGCCUAAGAUCAAGGAUGUGAAUGUAAUUGACAAAUACUCAAGAGUCGUCUUUCCUAUCUCUUUCCUCAUCUUUAAUUCCAUUUAUUGGGUAUUCUACAUUGUAUAA